UACCCAGUAGCGGGCCAAUGGCAUUCCUAAUAGUGACGGAAUCUUCUGCAUCAUCACCGCAACUUUACUUUUGUUUUUCACUCUCGAUCUUCUCCCCUUCUGCAUGCAACACUACGUCCAAUCCUUGAACUUGACGAAUUACUACGUUGAGUAAGAAGGGAAAAAAAGAAGAAGAAAGAUAAAAAGAAAAAGAAAAAAAUAAAGAAAUAAGAGAAAACAAAACAUAGUCGGCUGUUCUCAGCACCUGAUCAACUAUAGUUCUGUCAUAUCCAAUAUCUAUUGAAUUCCUUUUCCCCGACGUCGACGUCGACAUCGAUAUCACCUGUGAAUACUAUUGUUGCCAAUCCUGUCAAAUUCGUCUCCCAUCAUAUACCUCACUAGAACUCUUUGCCUCAGAGCAUGCUUCCCUUGCAUACACCUACGAUCUCGUUAUAUUGGAAAGUAGCAGGAAAACAUGGCACCAAGAACUAACGGCCGUGCCGUCCAGGUAGAGGACACCAAGAUUUGCGUAGUCAUGGUUGGUCUGCCUGCACGUGGGAAGAGUUACAUAGCACAAAAAGCCCAGCGUUAUCUCCAAUGGCUCUCGAUCGAUGCCAAGACCUUCAACGUCGGCAAUUAUCGGCGUCACGAUGCCCCCCAACCGUCGGCGGACUUCUUCGAUAUUAGCAAUGCGGAGGGCGAACAGAAACGUCGAGUCGCUGCGGAGGCUGCCAUCGCUGAUAUGCUGGGCUGGUUCCGACAGGGUGGUAUAAUUGGGAUCCUCGAUGCCACGAACUCAACAAAGGAGCGACGAAAAUGGGUAUACGACACGCUGAUGCAGGAGGGCAUCGAAGUGUUGUUUGUCGAGUCCAAGUGCGAUGACGAGAGCCUCAUCAUGGCCAACGUUCGAGACGUCAAGACCACCAGUCCCGACUAUAAGGGGCAGGAUCCGGAAAAGGCUGCUUUGGAUUUUCGCAAUCGGAUAAAGAACUACGAGAAGGUGUACAAGACCAUCGACGCAGACGGCGACGAGAACCAAUAUACCUACUUGAAGAUUAUGGAUGUUGGUGCUCAGGUGAUCAUCAACCGCAUACAAGACUAUCUUCAGAGCCGGGUUGUUUAUUACCUGAUGAACCUACAUAUCCGACCGCGUUCGGUUUGGCUUUCGAGACACGGCGAAUCGUUAUACAAUCUUUACGGGAGAAUUGGUGGCGAUGCCGACCUCUCUCCGCGAGGGCAUCAAUAUGCCAAGAAGUUACCUGACCUAGUCCGGCAAUCUGUCGGUGAUGAUCGACCCCUUACGGUAUGGACUUCGACCUUAAAGCGCACGAUACAGACGGCGCGUUUCCUCCCCGAGAACUACAACCAACUGCAGUGGAAGGCAUUGGACGAGCUUGACGCGGGCGUCUGCGAUGGCAUGACCUACCAAGAGAUCAAGGACGUGUACCCGGAGGACUUCGUGGCACGCGACGAGGACAAGUACAAUUACCGUUAUCGUGGCGGUGAGUCGUACCGAGAUGUCGUUAUCCGCCUCGAACCCAUUAUUAUGGAACUCGAGCGGUCGGAAGAUAUUCUCAUAGUCACCCACCAGGCCAUCCUCCGCUGCAUCUACGCGUAUUUCAUGAAGAAGGACCAGUCGCGCAGUCCUUGGAUGAACGUGCCUCUUCACUGUCUCAUCAAGCUAACCCCGCGCGCGUACGGAACGGACGAGGAGAGGUAUCAAGCUGAUAUUCCCGCCGUGAGCACGUGGCGCGGCAAGGGCAGCACCGCCAAACACGAGGACCCCGUCCCCGAGGCGAACUUGGGAUAUACCCCCACAGCAGCCGUCCAUUAAGCUUGAUUUCCUAGUCCGGCUAGCUUGUCAGCGCUUAGGAAUAGCAGCGGUGACGGUGGUAACGGUAACGGUGGCGGUGACGGUGGCGAAACGACGUAACAAUAUGCAUAGGCGAUGGGAUCAGGGGAACGACGGGCGUCAAAUGGCAACAUUGCUAUUACUUAAGUACCUAGACGAGAUGACCCGGCGAGCUGUACCUCUGAAAGGCGCAUUGACGAAGGAAUUAUACAUGUAUCGGGUUUUGGUUUGCUCUCUGUUUAAUAUUGGUAGCCGGCUUUCGUGGAUAAAAAGAAAUUCGCUGCAUAUUUUAAUAUAAAGUGGGGGUGGGCUGCUCGCAUAAGAUGAGAUGAGAUGAAAUUCGUGCCC